AUGGGUUUCUCUGUCUCUAGCCGUGCGAAGCGAUAUUGCAGAAACAUAUCAAAGCUCUCCUGUGAGUUGUACCCAUAUACGUGUCCUGCCGAAGCUGUCACGCACGCGCACCCCAAAGUGGGAUUUGCCCACGCGCAGGCCAGCCGGGGCAUUACGAGUUGCUCUGCAAAUCCCGCCUGCCCCUUGGGUAUGGCCGUGGCAACCGUCACGAUGAUGCAGGCUCUGUCACAUAUCUCUUCGCACCCGACCCUUUUUAGCCGGGAGCAGCUCACGACGACGGGGCCAGCCACACCCCGGGGAUGCUGGAACGGUCGGCUCCACAACUCACGCCAUGCCGCGCCGCCGGUGUGACCGCGACGAGCAGUAGCGCAGUGAAAGCCCGCGACGACGGAUUUGCAAACGCGAGACCCUUGCUCCCGGCGCUGCCCCGUUGAGGAGGACUUCGGGGAGGGCUCGCUGGGGGGAGGCGCUGCGCGAGGACCGAGUCGAAAAGGGGCAGGAGGGGGUAUCCUGCGAAGCUUCUUACGGAUGCUUGCAGACGAAGGAGAUUUUUUCUUCCAUCUUCUUUUCUCAUUUUGGCAAGUGCUCGAGCCAGGGGUCUGGACAGGAGAGAGGAAAAGGAGGCGGCACAUCGUGACAAGCCCCCGAUCGAGAGGGCGCCCCUUUGCUCGACCUCAAGGGGACAGACGGCCUGAAAGCCCCGGCACGCGUCCGGGAACAAGACUGUCAUCACCGUCGACCCCCGCGGGCAUGUGGCGAGGCCCUCCGCCGGC